AUGGCGCCCCUGCUGCCCCUGCUGUGCCUCGGUGUGGCAGCCGCGCAGCUGGCGAGUGCCCGAGACGCCGCCUCCACCCAGGAGCCCCCGGGGCCCGCCUGGGGCCUGCAGGGCCGGCCGCUGCACCCCGGCCAGCCCUCGCCCACCCUGGAGGGCUGGGAAGAGGCCAGCGAGUGGACGUCCUGGUUCAACGUGGACCACCCGGGAGGCGACGGCGACUUCGAGAGCCUGGCGGCCAUCCGCUUCUACUACGGGCCGACGCGCGUGUGCCCGCGGCCGCUGGCGCUGGAGGCGCGCACCACCGACUGGGCCCUGCCGUCCGCCGUGGGCGAGCGCGUGCACCUGAGCCCCGCGCGCGGCUUCUGGUGCCUCAACCGCGAGCAGCCGCGCGGCCGCCGCUGCUCCAACUACCACGUGCGCUUCCGCUGCCCGCUCGAGGCCGCGUGGGGCGCGUGGGGCCCAUGGGGUCCCUGCUCAGGGAGCUGCGGGCCUGGCCGUCGCUUGCGCCGCCGCAGCUGCCCUAGCCCCGCCGGCGGCGCCUGUCCGGGGCGCCCCCUGGAGGCGCAGAAGUGCGUGCGGCCCCAGUGCCCAGGGUGCAGCCCCGACACCUGCGGGUGCCCCGACCACACCCUGCUGGGCUCGGUGCUCACCCCGUCCGGCCGGCCGCUGCCGGGAGCCAGGGUCUCCCUGCGAGAUGACCCUGACGUGGUGGCGACCACCGAUGCCCGAGGGGCCUUCCGGGUGCCUGGGAUCUGUGCCAGCAGCCGGGCCAACGUCAGCGCCCAGAGGGAUGGCUUCUCGGCGGGCACCGCCCAGGCCCAGGCCAACAGCUCCGUCUCGGCCGUGGUCACCGUCGUCCUUCACCAGUUAGAGAAGCCCUAUCUGGUGAAGCACCCGGAGUCCCGAGUGCGGGCCGCAGGCCAGAACGUCACUUUGUGCUGCAAAGCCUCGGGGACCCCUACGCCCAAGAAAUACUCGUGGUUCCACAACGGGACCCUGCUGGACAGGCGACAGCACAGGUACGGCUCCCACCUGGAGCUGCGCGGGCUGCGUCCGGACCAGGCGGGCAGCUACCACUGCAAGGCGUGGAACGAGGCAGGCGCCGUGCGCUCGGGCACGGCCCAGCUCACCGUGCUGGCCCCGGGCCAGCCAGCCUGCGACCCCCAGCCCCUGGAACACCUCAUCAGGCUCCCGGAUGACUGCGCUCAGCCGGGCAGCGGCCCUGCCUACCUGAACGUGGGCCACUGCCCCGACACCCCCUGCCCCGGCACGGCGGGCUCGGGGGCCCGGUGCGGGGACAGCCCCGCCCGCUGCUGCUCCGUGCAGCGCCUAGAGAAGCGGGAGGUCCGCUGCGCCGGCUCCGUGCUCCCGGUCAAGGUGGUGGCCGAGUGCGGCUGCCGCAAGUGCCUGCCCCCCCGGGGGCUGGUGAGGGGCCGCGUGGUGGCCGCCGACUCGGGGGAGCCCCUGCACUUCGCCCGCAUCCUGGUGGGCCUGGAGCCGGUGGGCUUCACCUCCUACCAGGGUGACUUCACCAUCGAGGUGCCCCCCUCCCGGGAGCGGCUCGUGGUGACCUUCGUGGACCCCAGCGGCGAGUUCGUGGAUGUUGUCCGGGUGCUGCCUUUCGACCCCCGGGGGGCCGGCGUGUACCACGAGGUCAAGGCCAUGCGGAAGCGAGCCCCGGUCAUCCUGGAGGCCGGCCAGAGCCACACGAUCCCCCUGGGGGAGCUGGAGGCGGCGGGCCCCUUGGGCGAGCUAGUGCUGCCGCCCGGGGCCUUUCGCCGAGCCGACGGCAGCCCCUACACGGGGCCCGUGGAGGCCCGCGUGACGUUCGUGGACCCCCGAGACCUCGGCUCCGCGGACACGGCCCCCAGCGACCUGCGCUUCGUGGACGGCGAGGGCGAGCUGGCGCCGCUGCGCACCUACGGGAUGUUCUCCGUGGAUCUGCGUGCGCCCGGCUCGGCCGAGCAGCUGCACGCGGGCCCCGUGGCCGUGCGGGUGGCCGCCGACCAGAUCCGCAUGGCCGGCCACGUGGAGGCCCUCAAGCUCUGGUCGCUGAACCCGGAGAGCGGCCUGUGGGAGGAGGAGGGCGGCUUCCGGCGCGAGGGGGCCCCAGGUGGCCGCGCCCGCCGCGAGGAGCGCGUCUUCCUGGUGGGCAACACGGAGAUCCGCGAGCGGCGCCUGUUCAACCUGGACGUGCCCGAGCGCCGCCGCUGCUUCGUGAAGGUGCGCGCCUACCUCAGCGACAAGUUCGCCCCCAACGAGCAGGUGGAGGGCGUGGUGGUCACGCUGGUCAACCUCGAGCCGGCGCCGGGCUUCUCGGCCAACCCCCGCACCUGGGGCCGCUUUGACAGCGCCGUCACGGGCCCCAACGGCGCCUGCCUCCCCGCCUUCUGCGACGCCGACCAGCCCGACGCCUACACGGCGCUGGUCACGGCCACGCUGGGCGGCGAGGAGCUGGAGCCGGCCCCCUCCCGGCCGCAGCCCGACGCGGGCGCCGUGGGUGUGGCCCAGCCCUACCUGGGCAGGCUCGGCUACCGGCGCACCGACCACGACGACCCGGCGUUCAAGCGCAACGGCUUCCGCAUCAACCUCGCCAAACCCAGGCCGGGCGAGCCGUCCGAGGCCAGCGGCCCCGUGUACCCGUGGCGCAGCCUGCGGGAGUGCCAGGACGCCCCCGUGACCGCCAGCCACUUCCGCUUUGCGCGCGUCGAGACGGACCGGUACGAGUACAACGUGGUGCCCUUCCGCGAGGCCGCGCCUGCCUCCUGGACCGGGGACCUCCUCGCCUGGUGGCCCAACCCCCAGGAGUUCCGGGCCUGCUUCCUCAAGGUGCAGAUCAGGGGGCCCCAGGAGUACACGGUGCGCUCCCACAACGCAGGCGGCAGCCACCCGCGCACGCAGGGCCAGCUGUACGGGCUGCGGGACGCGCGCAGCGUGCGCGACCCCCAGCGCCCCGGCACCUCGGCCGCCUGCGUGGAGUUCAAGUGCAGUGGCAUGCUGUUCGACCAGCAGCAGGUGGACAGGACCCUCGUGACCGUCAUGCCCCAGGGCAGCUGCCACAGGGUGGCCGUCAACGGGCUCCUAAAGGACUACCUGGCCCGGCACCCGCCCCCCGUGCCCACCGAUGACCCGGCCACCUUUGCCAUGCUGGCCCCUCUAGACCCACUCGGCCACAACUACGGCGUCUACACAGUCACUGACCAGAGCCCGCGGCUGGCCAAGGAGAUCGCCAUCGGCCGCUGCUUCGACGGCUCCUCCGACGGCGUCUCCCGGGAGAUGAAGGCGGACGCGGGCACGGCCGUCACCUUCCAGUGUCAGGAGCCGGCGGCCGGCCGGCCCAACCUCUUCCAGAGGCUGCUGGAGUCGCCCGCGGCCGUGCUGGGUGACAUCCGGCGGGAGAUGGGCCAGGCCCAGUCGCGAGCCCUGGGGCCCCUCCGCACCCGCAGGGGCAGGGCCCGGCAGUGACCCCAGCCAAGUCCCCGCCUCGCUCUGACCGCCCUGCCCACCCUCCCCCUGCCCAGAGCGCGGCGCCCCCCGAGAUGUGGCUGUAGCCUCACCCUGACCUCCGACGUCCUGCCCUUGGGGCCUCUGCUGGUUGUGCCACGCGUCCCCUGCCCCAGCAGAAGUAAUCUUGGGGUUAUUUAUUGAAACAAACCUGGUUGUGGGGGGGUGUGAGGGAGCAUCAAGG